GUCCGUUGGGCCUGCCCAGACGAAACUUCGAAAGGAUGGGUUAGGGACUGGGCCGGGCUUCGUUCAGGCGGCGUUUGAGGCAGCCCCACCGGGGUCCUCCUGGGGCCUUCCUCCCUUUGAACUGCGGUGGCGGGCGGGCUCACGGUCUCCUGCACCUCUCAGAGUAGGGGCCGCCAUCACCAUGGCCACGGCUGCUAGUCGGCCCUGCUUCGGCGGGUCGCGGGACAUCUUGUGGCGCGUUUUGGGCUGGAGGAUAGUUUCAAGUACUGCCUGGUCAGUGCUGCUUCUACCCAUCUGUACCACAGUAUUUAUCAUCUUCAGCAACAUUGACUUAUUUCAUCCUAUACAGUGGCUGUCUGAUUCUUUCAAUGAUCUGUAUAGUUCCUAUAUAAUCUUUUACCUCCUGCUGCUGUCAGUGAUAAUAGUAAUAAUAAAUAUUUUCAAUGUGGAGUUCUAUGCAGUUGUGCCUUCCAUUCCCUGCUCCAGAUUGGCGCUGAUCGGGAAGAUCGUUCAUCCUCAGCAGCUCAUGCACUCAUUUAUUCACGCUGCCAUGGGAAUGAUGGUGGCUUGGUGUGCGGCAGUGAUCACCAAGGGCCGAUACAGUUUUCUUGUGGUUCCCUGCUCUGGUACUAAGAGCUUAGAUAACCCUGCUGCACAAACCUGCUUAAAUGAAUAUCACCUUUUUUUCCUACUGGCUGGAGCAUUUAUGGGCUAUAGCUAUAGCCUCCUGUAUUUUAUUAACAACAUGAACUAUCUUCCAUUUCCCAUCAUACAGCAAUACAAGUUCUUGCGCUUUAGGAGAUCUCUGCUCUUAUUAGUUAAACACAGUUGUAUGGAAUCACUGUUCCUGAUUAGAAAUUUCUGCAUUGUGUAUUAUUUUCUUGGUCAUAUUCCUAAAGCUUGGAUUAGCACAGCUAUGGACCUUCAGAUGGAUGAGCAAUUUCAUAGGCCUCUUGACUCUGUGAGUGGCCUCUUGAAUCUCUCAUUACUCUACCAUGUCUGGUUAUGUGGUGUCUUUCUCCUGACGACUUGGUACAUCUCAUGGAUGCUCUUUAAAAUCUAUGCCACAGAGGCUCAUCUGUUCCCUAUUCAACCACCAUUUGCAGAAGAGUCAGAUGAAUGCCUCCCGAAAGUUUUAAACAGCAAUCCUCCCCUCAUCAUAAAGUAUUUGGCCUUGCAGGACCUGAUGUUGCUUUCUCAAUAUUCUCCUUCACGAAGACAAGAAGUUUUUAGCCUUAGCCAACCAGGUGGACAUCCCCACAAUUGGACAGCCAUUUCAAGGGAGUGUUUGAAUCUUUUAAAUGAUAUGACUCAAAAACUAGUUCUCUACCAAGAAGCUGCUGCUACGAAUGGGAGAGUAAUAUCUUCUUCAUACCCAGUGGAACCUAAGAAAUUGAAUUUUCCAGAAGAAACUACUUUUCAGACCCCAAAAUCUAGCCAGAUGCCUCAACCGUCAGUGCCACCAUUAGUUAAGACAUCACUGUUUUCCUCAAAAUUAUCUACACCUGAUGUUGCAAGUCCCUUUGGAACCCCAUUUGGCUCUGGUGUAAUGAAUCGGAUGGCUGGAAUUUUUGAUGUGAACACCUGCUGUGGGUCACCUCAAAGUCCUCAGCUAAUAAGAAGAGGGCCAAGAUUAUGGACUUCUGCUUCUGGUCAGCAAAUGACUGAAUUUUCUAAUCCUCCGUCUACCACUGGUAGUGCUGAGGAUAAGACAGUGAGACCGCCCAGUGUGAUUUAUUCAUGGAUGCAGAAUAAACGUGAACAGCACCCGGAGGCUUCCAUUCAAGUUGUUUUUUCAGAUGCCCAAAUGCAUAUUUGGGCAUUAGAAGGUCUAUCUCACCUAGUAGCAGCAUCAUUUACAGAAGAUAGAUUCGGGGCUGUGCAGACCACACUACCAGCUAUUCUUAAUACUUUGUUGACGCUGCAAGAGGCAGUUGACAAGUACUUCAAGCUCCCUCAUGCUUCCAGUAAGCCACCUCGGAUUUCAGGAAGCCUUGUGGAUACUUCUUAUAAAACAUUAAGAUUUGCAUUUAGAGCAUCAUUAAAAACUGCUAUCUAUCGAAUAACUACUACCUUUGGUGAACAUCUGAAUGCUGUGCAAGCAUCUGCAGAACAUCAGAAAAGACUUCAACAGUUCUUGGAGUUCAAAGAAUAGUUAAGUAAUAUAAACUGUGUUCAUUACACUGCUGAUACAACUACAGAUGGGACAGUAAAUGUUCAGCAUUCUUGGAUCAGAAGAAAAUGGACUAAUUAGAUGCUUCCUUUGUCGUGGUGGUUGCUUUGAAAACUAUACUUUAAUGGGAGAAAUCAUGGAAAGAAAUUCUCAACAGAAAAACUGAAAACGGCCUUUUCUGUACCAGUUGCUUUUUGUGUGUGUGGUAUAAUAAAAUCUUCAUUCAAUUUUACAGAAGCAUCUAUGACAGUAGAAAUGUCUCUAGCUUAUAUAGCUUAAUCAUAAUAACUAGAAAAUGUUUAGAAUUUAUUUUUGAGAGGGUUAGAGCCAGUUCAGAAGGUAAAAUAGGUUGACUUGAUCCAGUCUUCCUUCGUUCUGAGAGUUUAGCUCUCUGUAAACUCAAGAUACAUAAACUUCUUUAGAGAAGUGUCUGUUUACUAAAGGAUAAAAAUGGUAACACUGGAGAAAAGUUCACAGAAAAAAAAAUACUGUCUAAAGGACAUAUUUUGUUAAUCUGUUAGGUUGUGUUUUUGUUUCCAGGAACAAAUUAAAUUUGCAUGAUUGUCCAAAAAAGGUCUCAAUUUACAGAUGCUAACUCUAUAUAAAGGAAUGUGGAAAAAUUCAGUUCUUAAGUUACAGGAUGAAGCAUUUGCAUUUGGUUUUUGAAAGACAAUCGACUGCCAUCUAUGAAUUUAUUUUGUACCAUGUUAGUAAACAAUACGUAUACGGUGAUUUUCCCAGCCAGUUUUACUUUCUUUUUCUGGAACAAAACACUAAGUGAUUGCAGAGUUUUUUAAGUGAGAGAAAAAGUUUUGCAAGAAGAAUGAGGAAACGUUUCUUUUUUCCCCACCCUUCAUCUUCAUUAGAUCAAAUUAUUUUGUGAAGCUGUUUUGGCCUCACAAAGGGAGUAGUCUUUGCUGUGUCAACUGGCUAAUUCAAAUAUAUUGGAAAAAUCUUUACAGCCAGAAACAACUUAGUCAUCAAAUAGCAAGUGAGUCCAAGAUAUCAGGGGGAUUACUUGAGAGCAUGUUGUAUGUCCCAAAGUUGAGCAAGGUGAUUUUAUAAUUUAUUUGCUCAACUUUUUUGGAGAUGAGAGAUUGGAAAUCCUACUGGUAGAUACUCACUGGAUUAACUUUGGGCUGAAAUGGUCCCUUGUAAUUUUGUUCCUAUUAUCUUUUCCCUCUAGUGAUCCCCAAUAUUUUCUUUAGUCAGCACAGUAUUGUAUAUGAAUCUUUUAUGUGGUAUAUAUGUCUACAGUUUGUCUGAUUGCUUGACGUAUUGUAUCUUUAUUCCCUUCAUUUGUUGCCCCAUCAGCCGGCACAUUCCAAAUUAUAAAUGAAUCCUGAUGGCCUUUAAAGAGUCUUUAUGAGACAGUUCCCCAAUUGUCAAGUGUUUGGAGGAUUUCGCUAUUGUCAUUGCUUUUUUUUCCCCCCUGAAGUGAAGUUGAUCUCUUUUUUGAAUAUGAAUUUUGAAUGUCAUAGUUCCUUACAGAUGACCAGACAAUUGUGGCUAGGUUGACUGAGAACUGUUGUGUUCCGUAUUUUAAAUCCAUUGAGCUUUUUAUAUCCCAUUCCCUGUGCUGCCCCUGGCUGAGGCAUUUUUGGGAGAACAGGACGCUUCACCUUCUGCUUCCAUUAAAGAAUUGUGGUAUUUAACCCACUGUAUUCCUUAGAAUGACGACGGGAUGAUUCCUUUAAAUUUUGACUUAGAUAAAAUGUCUGGCUAAGUUUAGAUUUUUGCCAUUUCUUCCCAAAUACUUUGGGCAAAAUUACCUUUGAUGAGCAAUGUGAACAUUUUUGAGGUGUUCAUUCCUAUUUUCUCUCCAGAGAGUGCGCUUUGUACAAAGUAUGGGUCACAUAAAGUGAAACUGCCUUCCCAAAUCUGGAUUGUAUUUAGUUGGUUCAGUUCUUUUCCCCAUUUGUGUGUUGAUGAUCUCCACACCAUCUGGUGGGGUAGGGUGUAGCUCCAUCACCUGUUAUUAAAAAGAGCUGCUUCUCCUAUGUGCAAGGAGGAGUUUCGUAGGCAGGCCAAGAAGAGAGAAGCAUUUCCUUUGAUGAAGUCACAUCUUGCCUGUGUGCCCACUGAUGCUAACACGGGCCUGAAAAGUAGAGUGUUCUUUAAAAGCUUUUCUCUGUCAGUGUAAAACAUGAUUCUAUCAGCCCUUGUAAUGUUUGCUUGACUCUUACAGAAGAUAUAAAUCCGUAUAACUUCUUUCCUAGAGAACCAGGAAGCUGUCCUAGAAUAAACUUUGUGCAGUUGAGUGGACAUGGAUAAGUAAGAAUUUGUUACUUUGCCAGAUUUCGUCCUUGGUAAUUGUUUUGUAUGUCUUCCUGUAAAUAUGGUAAUGUGUUUAUAUCCUUUUGUAUAUCACUAACACUGAAUUGGGUAGACAAAUAA